UGUCCAGCAAAUGCACAACUUUCAUUUUGAACAAGUAUAAGAAUCAGUUAGACUGUCGAUAUGGAGUCACAUCAGUUCCAGAGCUGAUUGAAAGAAGUGUAGUGUAACAGCAAUACCUGUGUGAAUAAAGGAUUAAAUAUCAUUUUCUUCGGUUUAAAGAAAUCAAAAAUGAUCAUAGCCAAAAGAUCUUUGAUUUUCUCCAUCCUACUCGUGGGACUACUUGGAGUCGCAGAAGUUGUUUCAACCAAGAAAGGAAAAGGUCGCCGUUUACAGCAAAGACCUUUCGCUCCUGCCUACCACAAUGUCCCAUUUUCCCAGUCACGUAUUCCGUCUUACCACACUCUUCCUAGCGGUUAUCCGACACCUCCGGCAUUACGACAGCCACCUGCUCGUCCUGUUGCGCCGAGGCCUGGAAUAGUCGUGUUUGGUGUUGGACCAAACUCUCUUCAAAUCCCCAAUCACUAUACCAAUUACGCUGGAGCCCCCCAACAAACUAAACCAAUCGUUAUUCCUGCGCCAGCCUACGCUCCACCAACUGCAGCGGUGACCAGAACUCCACCUAGAAAUCAGCCGGCCGUAUCCAAUUAUGCGCAACCGGUCCACAAUCAACAAAACGUUGAACAGACCAGAUACCAUCCCCAACCAAUUCAACCAACUUACCCUGUUCAAUCCCCACAAUAUGGAAACAGGUUUCCAGUAGUCCAGCCAGAAAGUUAUCAAAAACCCAGUGCGCAAGUGGGAGCUGUUCCAGCACCAAUCCCCGUCACCAAGCAACAAGUGAACAUCCCAACCUACGUUGCUCCGGCAAAGUCUACUGUUUACGGAUCAGCCUACGUAGCUAAUUCGGCAAGCUAUCCCGCAUCAGAUUCUUACACAAGAGGAGAAGCUUCUAAGCCGGUAGGAUCCGUUCCGGCACCGUACCAAUCACCGGUCCAACAGCCCCAGGAAAAUUACGGAACUACGCCAACGGUAUCAUACACUUCAAAGCCUACCGCAAUCUAUAUUGGAAAGAAAUCAGAGCAAUCAAUUGGGAAUUAUGGAAUUGAAGCCCCCAAAAUAAAGGAAAGUCAAUCUUCUUAUUCGCCUCUCUCACACCACCAAAUUAAGUAUUCUACGGAUGUUCCCUAUUCCACUAUUGAAUCAAAGCCAACAAGUGAUUCCAACGAGAAAUCUAAUGCCGCUAAACAUCAGGACAAGAAACCAGUUUAUCCAACCCCACAAUCCUAUAAGGAAACAGAGUCUCUGUCGUAUGGCGAAAAGAAGAAAGAAACCGAAUCUUCAACUCUUUCUUAUUCCAAAGUCGAAGCAAAACCGAUGAGUCAACCUUCUAAGCUGAAUGAGAACAAAGAAUCAUCGCAGGAAGAAACUAAAGUAAAGGUGCCUGCCUACCCUUCAGUCCAAUCCCACAAAAAGGUAGAGUACCAGGAAGAGAAGAAGGAACAAGUAUCAGUCUACGCUACGAAUCUCCCUCCAACUAAAUCGGAAUCCACAAGCGAGGAUAAAUCUUACCAGUCCCAUACACAAACGGAGAAAUCUUUUGCCAAUAAAGAGAAGUCGCAGUCUUCAGUUUACACCACCUCGCCAUCCUACAAGGAAGUGGAUUCUCAGUCCUACGGCGAACAGAAGAAGAAAGUGGAUGAGUCAAGUCUUUCUUAUUCCGCAGUGGCAUCCAAACCUGUGAUUGAAUCUUCCAAGAAAAAUGACUAUCAACCGGCACCAGAAGACAAGGUUCAGGUUCCUACUUAUUCUGCAUCCCAGGACUACAAGGAAGUAGAUUCAUCAAAGGAUGUCUACGAUUACAAGAAGCAAGAAGCUACAGUUUACCAACCAAUAUCCGUUAGCGGAUCUUAUGUGAAAAACUCAGAUUCGUACGAGGAAGAAAACCAGCCCAAGAAACCAGUUGUUCCUACACCCUCUUACAAGACAGUCGAAUCCCUACCAAAGGCUGAGGACGAAAAGAAACAUUAUGAAGCAGAACAAAUUCCAUCAAAACCAGCAUCGGUUUCAUCCUACGAAACGUACUCCAGCAAUUCGGCAGUUAGGCAAGAGCAAUCGAAGGAUCACGAAUCAAACUCGAAGUCAUACGAAUCAAAGUAUACUUCUGUUUAUCAAGCCCCAGUAAAAGAAGAAAAUGCAUAUUCCAAACAACUAUCAGACAAAUCAAACAUUGACAGUUUGCUAGUCUAUUCGACAUCGACAUCGUCACCGUCGUAUCAAUAUUCUACGGGCUACAAACUUACCACGAAAGUCCCCGUAAUUCCGAUCGAAGACAAAGUGAAGGUCCCUUCAUAUUUUCCAUCCAAAACGAACAAAGAAGUAGAGGCACCAAAAGAUGUCCACGAUUACAAGAAGCAAGAAUCUGCCGUUUACAAACAUACACCUGUUAGUGACUCUUACGUGAAACAUUCAACUUCCUAUGUCGAGGAAAUUCAGCCCCAAAAAACAGUUGUUUCUACUUCGUCAUCUUACAAGAAAGACGAAUCUCUACCAAAUUCUGAGUACAAACAGAAACAUUAUGAAGCAAAGAAUGUUCCAUCAAAAGCAGAUGAUGUUCCAACGAACGAAAAGUAUCCCAGCACUUUGCUAGUUACACAAGAGCAAUCAAAGUACCAUGAGUCAAACUCGAAGACUUACGAAUCAAAGUCUGUUUCUCCAGCCCCGAAGUCUCCAGUGAAAGAAAUUAACAUCUAUUCAAAACCAACGUCAGAUGAAUCCAAUCGUUACAGUUUGCCAGUCUAUUCCACAACGACAUCUCUUCCGUCGUACCAAUAUUCUACGGAAUCCACAACUACCAGGAAAGUGCCCAUAAUUCCGAUCGAGGACAACGUAAAGGUUUCUGCUUAUUCUGCAUCCCAAACCUGCAAGGAAGUAGAGUCACCAAAAGAUAUCCAGCAUUACAAGAAGCAAGAUUCUGCUGUUUACCAGCACAAACCUGUUAGCGACUCUUACGUGAAACAUUCAGCUUCCUACGUCGAGGAAAGUCAGCCCCAAAAAACAGUUGUUUCUACUUCGUCAUCUUACAAGAAAGACGAAUCUUUACAAAAUUCUGAGUACAAACAGAAACAUUAUGAAGCAGAGCAUGUUCCAUCAAAAGCAGCUGAUGUUCUGACGAACGAAAAGUACCCCAGUACUUUGAUAGUUACACAAGAGCAAUCAAAGUACCAUGAGUCAAACUCGAAGACUUACGAAUCAAAGUAUCUGUCUGUUUCUCCAGCCACGAAGACUCCAGUGAAAGAAAUUAACAUCUAUUCAAAACCAACGUCAGAUGAAUCCAAUCGUUACAGUUUGCCAGUCUAUUCCACAACAACAUCUCUUCCGUCGUACCAAUAUUCUACGGAAUCCACAACUACCAGGAAAGUCCCCAUAAUUUUGAUCGAGGACAACGUAAAGGUUCCUGCUUAUUCUGCAUCCCAAACCUACAAGGAAGUAGAGUCACCAAAAGAUAUUCAGCAUUACAAGAAGCCAGACUCUGCCGUUUACGAACACACCCCUAUUAGCGACUCUUACGUGAAACAUUCAGUUUCCAACGUAGAAGAAAGCCAGCCCAAAAAAACAGUUGUUUCUAAUUCACCAUCAUACAAGAAGGACGAACCUUCACCAAAUUUUGAGUACAAACAGAAACAUUAUGAAGCGGAGCAUGGUUCGUCAAAGGCUGAUCCUGUUCCAGCUUACGAAAAGUACCCCAGCACAUCGGCAGUUACACAAGAGUCGCCAAAGUACCAUGAGUCAAACUCGAAGACGUACGAAUCAAAGUAUCCAUCUGUUUCUCCAACGACCAAAGCUCCAGUGAAAGAAGUUAACGCCUAUUCCAAACCAAAAUCUGAUGAUUCAAGCCGUUACAGUUUGCCAGUCUAUUCAACAACGACUCUAUCGCCAUCGUAUCAAUAUUCAACGAGCUACACAACCACCACUAAAGCCCCCGCAAUUUCUUACGAUGAGAAAACAAAGGCGUACUACACUACUACACCCAAAUAUCAAGAGUACUCCACGUCUGGGUCAGCAGUAACCCGAAACCCUCCAGCAUACCAAAGUACAGUUGCGUACGAAAAUAUUCCAGUUGCAAAGACGCCUACCCAAAAAGAAGAUAAUAAAAACCAAUACUCUACGAAGAAGGAUACAGACAUAAAGGCUGGCGCACCUCCUGCAGUUGAAAAAUCUUACGCAACUCCAACCACAACGGCAAAUUACGAUGUGAAGGCAAACGAUCGAGUUUAUGUCGUUGACAAUCGAGAUGAAAUUGUAGAAACUUACCAGAAGAAAGAGCCUGUGUCAUCCUAUCAGUCUUACCCCAAUCCAUCCGUGGAUGGAAAAUUGUCAUCUGUCAAACAAGUUGUGAAUCAAUACGGCUCAACCGAUCGUGGCUAUAACAGCGCGUCAUCCGACACAGCCAACAAGUCCAGCUACGAAGGUCGACCUGCUUCUUCGUCCGGCGUUGAUCUUUCGACAUAUAACCGUAAACCCAACCAAGAUUCCCUUACCACCUCAGUAGAAGGUGCAAAGGACUCUGGCAGUUACGGCCAUGAUGGCAUUGAGGGUGACUACUCUGCCAUACCAGGAAAACCUGAAAUUGAUUAUCCCAUAUUUUCAGAGCUACCGAAUAACAAGUUUAACUGUUCCGAACAACGACUUCCUGGAUAUUAUGCCGAUACAUCUGCCCGUUGUCAAGUUUUUCACAUUUGUUUGGGUGAUCGUCAAUGGAGCUUCCUCUGCCCUAAUGGAACGAUCUUUAGCCAACGGCACUUUGUCUGCGUCUGGUGGUACGAAUUCGACUGCUCGAAAGCAACGGCCCUUUAUGAACUCAACGCAAACUUGUUUAUCAUUCCUUCGACGGAACGAACUCCUGAUUACAAAGGUGAGCAACGCGAAAAACCUUUUGCCAGUGAAACUUCGGAAGAAACUGGUAAACGGUACGAUGCACUCACUAACAAAAACGAAACAAUUUCGGGCUCUUACUAAGCUCUCCAGGAUAUAGCAGGCGUGAGGUGCAAAAAGCCUGAAAAACAACAAAGAGAAUUCUUUUAUUAGGUACAGAUUAAGCUAAAAGAUCGUUAGUGAGCCACUUAUUUUUCUUAAACAUAACAAAGCCUCCUCGCGCGAAAAUGAACCAUUUUCCAACUGGAACAACUAUAGGUGAGAUAAGUUCAACCGCUGAAAAUAUAGAUUUUUAUUCGAUCACUUUGUCUGUCUAAUGUCAAUCAAAUCUGUUGUUGGUGUAGACUAAAGACGGCUUAACAAAGCAAGAAUCUGAAGAGUUUUUUUUUUGGUUUUUUUAUCGAUCGAGUUUUUUUCUUGCAUACGUGUUCCAUCAUUCUAUAUGUAAAUGUUAUCCAUGUGUAAAUUGCUUCAGAUUUCAAAUAAACAUUUUCCAUCUUAA